AUGUAUACCACGUCGUUUGCCUUCUUCGAAGCCAUUGCCGACGCAGGCGUGUCGCACUGCUUUGUCAACCUGGGGUCUGACCAUCCCAGCAUCAUCGAGGCCAUGGUGCAGAGGAGGUCGGACCCCAGAUUCCCGCGCAUCAUCACCUGCCCCAGCGAGAUGGUGGCCAUGUCCAUGGCCGACGGCUACGCCCGUCUCACCGGCAAGGCCCAAUGCGUCAUCGUCCACGUCGACGUUGGCACGCAGGCGCUGGGGGUCGCCGUGCAUAACGCCUCGAGCGGGCGUGCCCCCGUGCUCAUCUUCGCGGGCCUCUCCCCUUUCACCCAGGAGGGCGAGCUGCGCGGCUCCCGCUCCGAGUUCAUCCACUGGCUGCAGGACGUGCCCGACCAGCGCGCCAUUGUCGCCCAGUACUGCCGUUACACCAACGAGAUCAGGACGGGCGUCAACGUCAAGCAGAUUGUGAACCGCGCGCUACAGUUUGCGACUAGCCAGCCCCAGGGGCCCGUGUACCUCUGCGCCGCGCGGGAGGUGCUGGAGGCCGAACUGGAACCGUAUGAGAUGAGUCUCGGACAGCGGUACUGGUCGCCCAUCGAGUUGGGUGGGCUGCCGCCGAAGGGUGCGCAGCAGAUUGCCGAGGCAUUGGCCGGUGCGUCGAGACCGCUGCUCGUAACAGGCUACUCGGGCCGCAACCACGACAUUCCCAAGGCGCUAGUCGAGCUUGCCGACACUAUCAAGGCGCUCCGUGUCCUCGACACGGCUGGAAGCGACAUGUGCUUGCCCGCAGAUCAUCCCGCGUGGUUGGGCGUCAGGCAGGGCGCUGACUCGUCUAUCCCCGAUGCCGAUGUCAUUGUGGUCCUCGACUGUGACGUCCCGUGGAUCCCGACGCUGUGCAAGCCAAGCCCAAACGCCAAGGUCUUCCACAUUGAUGUCGAUCCGCUCAAGCAGCGCAUGCCGCUCUUCUAUAUCCAGUCUGAUGCCCGCUACCAGGCCGACCCGCUUCUUGCAGUGCAGCAGAUCCUCAACCUCUUCAGCAGUCCAGGCAGCGAGGCGGCCAGGAUCCUCAGGUCGCAGGAUCUUGCCGCGGCGGAAGCCUCCCGUCAGGCGUCGUACGCUGCAAGGAUCGAGGGCAUCGAGAAGGCGGCAGGGCCCCUCCCUGAAGGAAGAUUUGGCGUGGCUCAUCUGAGCAAGUUGCUCCGGUCUGCCUGCCCGGAGGACACAAUCUGGGUGGUCGAGGCGGUCACCAACACAGGCUUUAUACACGACAACGUGCGCCCGACUCGGCCCGGCUCGUGGAUCAACUGUGGCGGAGGAGGUCUGGGCUGGUCAGGCGGUGCCGCCCUGGGCAUCAAACUCGCGGCCGAAGCCGAGGGACGCCAUCAGUUCGUCUGUCAGAUCGUCGGCGACGGGACUUACCUGUUCUCUGUCCCUGGCAGCGUGUAUUGGAUUGCUCACCGCUAUAACAUUCCCGUCAUGACCGUCGUCCUAAACAACAACGGUUGGAAUGCGCCGCGCAAGUCGUACAUGCUGGUGCACCCCCAGGGCGCGGCAGCCAAAGCGUCCAACGAAGAAAUGCACAUCUCGUUUGCGCCGCCGCCAGACUAUGCCGGCAUUGCGGCGGCCGCUGGGGCUGGUGAUGUGCACGCACUGAGGGUUGAAGAAGCCGGCCAGUUAGAGGCGGUUCUAAAGGAUGCCGUAGCCAAGGUCCAGGCGGGAAGCACGACUGUCGUCGACUGUCGGAUCGUGCCCGGAUUUUGA